AUGUUCUUGCAAAAGCAGAGCUACUUCUCCCAACUGGCGAGGUCCUAUCCGAUUCUAAAGCUCGUUGAUCUAUACGAUCGUCAAGUAAAGACCGUGAAAACCACGAGACGAAAAUCGCGCGAUUUCCACUGAUUUCCAAUUCUUCAUUUCUUCGUUAUAGUCGUUCGUACGGGCGUACGUGUUGGACAACGUUUACGUUUGCGUUUUGAUGCACGUACUCUUUUACGUAGCACUAUGGUACGCCACUACGGUGAGUACCAAUGGGUGAAACAUUUCGCUCGGAAAUAUUUUUCGUGAAUUUUUGGGAAAUCAUCUGAAGUGAAAAUCGUACAAUGUAGUAUUUUUAAUUUUAUUCAAAUGUUAUCACUAUUCACAGUAAUAGAAGAUACAGGAUAAAAUAAAAUUCCUUUUAUCAUCAUACGGUCAUUAAUAUAUUGUGAUACAUUAAUGAUUCUGCUUGAGAAUUAAUAUUAAUUUCUCUUCUGUGAAAGAUAAAUUUGAAAAAUUCAAAUCGAGCAUUGCAGUUCGUUAAAUUUCAAUAAACACAAACUAACUUUUUGCAAGAGAACAGUCAACUGAUAAUUUCAACUAGCGACAUGUAAAAUAAUAUAAGAAUAAUUGUAGGUAGUGAAUGAUAGCCAAUAUGAAAGAAUUGUUUUGGAAAAAAAAAUUUUGUCUGUACCUCUAGAAUUUUUAAAAGUGACCAAGUUCAAUUUUACAAGAAACGACAAAUUUUCAGUUGCUUUAUUUUGCUUUUCAAUAGGUGAUAAGAAGAAUGGAGAGGGCGAACAAGGAGAUGCUGAAGAUCAUGGAGGAGAACCGAACGGUGCGUCGAUUGACGGAUACUAAUAGAUAUUCAAUCGUAUCGAUUUCUCGUUUAAACGAUUCUUGCAGAGACUGGAGGACGUGGUGGCGUUGAAGGACAAGAAAGCGGAAUACGACGAGGUCGUGGUUAAAGUGGUUAGCUUCCGAAAGAAACUUUAAACUCGUUCAGGAGAGACGGUAGACAAUGAAUAUAUAUCAAUCUCUUUCAGCAAGAAGCUCAGAAAUUAACGUCGCAGGAACUGGAGGACGAAAUGCGGCGCCUAAGCACGGAGCUGAUCAACGCCGAGUGCAAGCUAUCGGAACUGGAGAGAGUGGUGAAGAAAGUAUCGAAAAACUAUCUACCUGCUUAGAGAUGCAACGUCAAUCGCCGUAUCAACCGAAAUCUCCAACCGAAAUUAUCAUUAACUCGUAGUUGAUUUUCAGUACAUGUCCGGCGGGAAAUCGUGCGAGAGUUCUGCGGGCGACGUCGCUGACCGAGAAAACGAACACGCGGAGCAGUGUCUUGGCGAAGGGCAGGCGAGAACCUCGCCCGAGAAUCUCAAGAUACUCGAACCGUCAUUUCCACCGCCCCAACCACCGGAACCUCCACCCAGGAAAUAUGGGAUCUUUGUCUCUCGACCUCCUGGCCAACGUCGUCCACCUCCCGCGGCUACAGCUGCACCUGCAUCCCCAAAAAUCGGACUCAAGUAACUAUGCCUCCGUGGAAGCUUCCUCCGAAUCCGCCAUUUAUCACCAAUCGGAUAAAUUUCUAUGGAGUACUGGAGAUCGUCGACGUGACAAUAAGAGAAGAAAGCGGCAUGGAAAAUUCUCGAACAGUGCAACUUCCACGCGUGUUAACGUGAAAAAGUUGCACGAGGAAUCUUUGAAGAACGUGACACCCUUCACUAGAUCGCUGUUGGGCCUUAUUACAAUUUUUACCCAGGAGAAGUCUUAAAU